AGACACCUUUUUUCUUUAUUGAGUAAUACUUUCUGAGUAUUGUUUCCUCUUUGUUGAUACUCUCAGAAUGAAUAUCAGAGUUCUAACAGGAAGUUGGUGGAGCAUGACAGAGAACUGGGGUUUCCUUUGAUGUAGACUUGGUGGCUUUAAUAGAGGAAUGAUCAGUAGCCUGAUGCACCAGUGUGCUAGGCUGGCACUCAGGGAAGUGGCCACCGCUCCCGUGAUUGUGGAGUAGAAACGCAGUUGCAGGAAGUACCCAGUUCAAUUGAAGAAUUAAAACGGCACCUCAACAGAGCCAGUCUUGGGCUUUUCUUAUAACCCAUGUUUUCACAUCUUUCCUUCGACUGUGUCCUGUGGCUGCUACUACUUACAAGGUCUUUGGAGGAGUCAUUCACAGCCACGGUGGGUCAGAAUGCUUAUCUGUCCUGCCACUACUUUCCAACCACCUCUGAAAACCUCGUGCCUGUGUGCUGGGGCAGGGGGUCCUGUCCUACAUUUCAAUGUCAGAAUACAGUGCUCACCACUAAUGGAAGGGAAUUGAACUACCAGAGUUCUAGCAGAUACCAGCUAAAGGGGAAUAUCCACAAAGGAGAUGUGUCCUUGACCAUAGAAAAUGUGACUUUAGCUGACAGUGGGACUUAUUGCUGCCGUAUCCAAUUCUUGGGCCCAAUGAAUGAUAAAAAAUCAAACCUGAAUUUGGACAUCAAACCAGCCAAGGUCACCCCUGCUUGGACUCCAUGGAGAUCCUUCACUACAGCCUUUCCAAGGAUGUUCACCACUGAGGAUCAUGGCUCAGCAGAGACACAAACUCUGGAGACCUUCCACGAUAAAAAUCAAACACAAAUAUCCACACUGGCAGAUGAGUUACAAGACUCUGGUUACAAGACCACCAGAAUAAGUGUCUAUAUUGCAGCAGGAAUCACUGCUGGGCUGUCUCUGGUUCUUAUCUUUGGUGCUUUAAUUCUCAAAUGGUAUUCUCAUAGGAAAGAGAAGUUACAGAAUUCCAGCCUCAUCACUUUGGCCAACCGCCUUCCUUCCUCGGGGUUAGAAAAUACAGUAGCAGAGGGGAUUCACUCAAGGGAAAACGUCUAUACAAUUGAGGAGAACCCAUAUGAACUGGAGGACCCAUCUACCGAUUACUGCUAUGUCAUUAGUGGGUAGCAAUCCUGACAACCUCCGAGUCUUCACCCUUCUAUGCCAUCAGACCCAGCUUCAUUUGUGAGCAUAUAUUGUCUUCUUUAAAAGCUAUCAGCUGACUGACUUUAAGAUUCUGCCUGUGGCUACCCAGCAUUCUUUAUCCAGUUUUCUGAAGAUAAGCUCACAAAAGGAUUGAACCAAGAUCUCCCCAGUGCUCAGACUUGUUACUCCCUUACCUCCACAUUCCAGCCAACUGGUUAGUGAACUCAGACACUGCUAAUCGGGGCAUUAGAACUCAAAUGAGCUUCUCUGUGAAGUAGGAAUUCUUAAUGUGGAAUUAAGUAGGAAUUCCAGGACUUUCAGUUCCUUGUAUCCAAGAAGCUCCAGAAACUGGGGGAAAUUACGUGCUGAGAUUUAUGCAUGCCUUUUUUGGUGCAGAAAGUCUAAAGGGACCACCGAUUUCAAAGAGAAGGGUGACUCAUAAAAGGUGAAGAAUCUACUGGAGUAGACUAGAUGGCCUUGAAGGUUUCCUUUGAGUCUCAACAUUUAAGCUGCUUUGAAUGAAGACUCUCCUACAAAUACCAACUUACAGUCUCCUUCUCCAGCCAAGAAGCCAGCCCAGCAAGCUAUGGGGUGGCAGGCAGUAGCUCCUGGGGAAAAAAAGGAAGUACACUCAAGUAUGUUGUCAAGUUCUGCUUGGGGUGAACUCAGAGGGAAACGUCUCUCACUAACUUCUCCAUUCAUGGAGAGAACCUGGGCCAUGUUUUUCACAGAAGAAGGAGCAGUGACUGGGAUGCCUAUUCCAUUUCCUGAUGGAAGGAAGACCAAGGGCUGCAGCAAUCUGUUCUAGCCAGCCUCAGAUCACUUGGAGGAAAGACAGUGGUCCCUAAGCUUCCAUUCCCAAAUUGUAGAGACUAGCUCUGCCUUCCUUAUUUGUCACCUCUGCUCUCACACAUAAUAGAAAGUUAUGAAAUAUCUUUCAAGUGAAAACAUUAAAUAUGUAGAAAAGUAGCUUUCUGGAAAGCCCUUCCAUUGGGGUUCUCAGACAGAGCUCUGCCACCUCACUUCUUGAAGAAUUCACAGACCCUAAGCUCCAUGUGUGCUCUUGUGUAGACAAAAGUGGCUGUUUUCAGACAGUGACAAUAUGCACCUGUCACUGUCUGAAAACUGCCCCUCCCUAGGUGAUGACUAAAUUGCUGCUGUGCUGUGUGGCAUUAUGUUAGUCACCUGGAGGGAAGUGACUUCAGAAGACACUUAGACCAGAUCAGUGGUUCCCCUCCAAAGGAGAUUCUUACUCUACAGAAAUCUUUAAAAAGGGUAUGUAUUCCAGGAUGAUCAUUGCAAUGAUGCUUGCAAAACCUUUUUUCAUUGAUAGGAGAAUAGUUGAUUAUUGUGGUCCAUCAGCACAGUGGUGCAGGUAAGAAGAAUUAGAUGGUUUCAUCAUUGAGCUGUUUUGCUAGUUUAAUAAAUAUUAGUUAGUGCUUAUUAUGUGCCAGGUAAUCUGAUGCUGAGACCAGCAAGAGAGACCAAAUAGACACAUCCCUGACCCCAUGGAAUUUCUAGUCUGCCAGGCAGGAGAAUUCGUUCUAUCCAUUCACUGAUAACAUUUAUAGCAUCUACUUUGUCAGGCACUGUUUUAGACCCUAGGAAUACAACAGUGAUAAAACCCUUAAUCUGACAAAGUUUAUAUUAGCUGUCAGAGGGAAAUGCUAUAUUGCUAAAU